GAAGUAGAAUUCGCUGAUGAAUUUUUAAAAAAAGGCGGAUUAAAAUCUUUAAUUGAAAUAAUAAAUAAUUCCAGUGGUAAUACUUUAGCAUAUGCGUUAACAUCAAUGCAAAACCUUAUGGAACAUGAUCAUGGUUGGGAUGAUUUAGGUUCAGAUUUCAUAAAUAAG